UAACCGCUCUUGCGAAUUUUUUAAAAUUUUUAGUAUAAGAUUCGUCACCAUCGUCAAGAUAAAGAAAUAGAAUAGUACGGUAAAUGUCUUGAUAAUUUGCUUUGUCUAAUGCAUGAAUGGAGAUUCUGCAACGUCGUCUAGUUAUUCGCAUUCACGAUGCGAUCUAUGUCUAAACAUCGAACAAAGUGAGAACGGCUAAUUACGAAUUAUGGUAAUGCAGCGGGUAGAAUGUCGUCUGUCGUCCUACAAAUCUCAUGUCGCACCUGAGCCAUACACCAUCCGAGGAGGCCACACUGCUAGCCCGGGGUUACAAGCUGGGGAGGAAGCUCGGCGAAGGUUGUUAUGCAAAAGUGUAUUUAGCCGAAUAUAAACCGGAACAUGAGUCGGAGAGAAAUAGCGUCCUGGCCUGUAAAAUAAUCGACACUGCUAAUGCACCAAAGGACUUUGUUCAGAAGUUCCUGCCACGUGAGCUGGACAUUCUGGUGAAACUGAAUCAUCCACAUGUCGUGCACGUUCACAGUAUCUUCCAAAGGCGCACCAAGUACUUCAUAUUCAUGCGCUUUGCUGAGAACGGCGAUCUUUUCAAUUUUAUACUGAAAAACGGUAGAGUGGCAGAGAGUCAGGCUCGCGUGUGGUUCAGACAGCUUGCUUUAGGUCUUCAAUACCUACACGAGAUGGAAAUAGCGCAUCGCGACAUUAAAUGCGAAAACGUUCUUCUCACAUCAAAUUACAACGUCAAACUGGCGGACUUUGGUUUUGCUCGAUACAUGAUUGACAGCCAUGGCCAGCGCGUUCUGAGCGACACGUAUUGUGGUUCACUAUCGUACGCAGCGCCGGAGAUCCUUCGCGGUUACCCGUACAAUCCAAAGAUAUCCGAUAUAUGGGCGCUGGGCGUGAUUCUCUACAUAAUGUUGAACAAGUCCAUGCCAUUCGAUGAGGACAACCUAAAGCGCCUGUACGAGCUGCAGGUAGCGCGUAAAUGGAAAUUCCGCAGCAAAGUAAUCGACACUCUAACCGAUCGUGUGAAGAAGCUUGUAGGCAAUUUGCUCGAGCCAGACGUGUCUAAACGCUGGCAUUUGGAUCAAAUCGUGCAGAGCGACUGGAUCGGCAUGGAUCCGCGCCUCCUGGUGCUUACGCCCGCGGAGCAGAUCGCGCUUAAUAAUGCGAUUGAGGAACGCAAGAGGUUCGAGGAGCAGUUUACGAAGAAGGAAUCGAAACAAUACAAAAUCGAGGAGACAAAAAUGAUUGACGAACACAAAACCCACAAAACGGAAGAAAUAACGAUCUUCAAAGACGCUGCAAAAGGGACAGUUUCCACAAUUAUGACAGCCCAAGUUUAACUUAAAAAAUUGGUCCUUCCCGAUCUAUAAUAUUCGCCUUUUUACAUUCUUAUCCAUUUGUGAUAAUAAACUAGAAAUAAUUUGAUACA